UUCGAUCACCAAGAAACCGACAAUUUAAUGUCACAAAUAAUAAUAUACAUCCUAAAAACAAUCUGUACAAAAUAUCCUGUGUCCACGUUGUCACCCUCCCCAGAGUGGGCGUGUCCACACCCUACGGACCCUCCCAGAUGGGCGUGUCCACACCCUACGGACCCUCCCCAGAGUGGGCGUGUCCACACCCUACGGACCCUCCCCAAGUGGGCGUGUCCACACCCUACGGACCCCCCAAGUGGGCGUGUCCACACCCUACGGACCCCCCAAGUGGGCGUGUCCACACUACCACACCUCCAGAACGUGCGUGUCCACAUUGUCACCCUCCCCAGAGUA